UUAAAGAAAAACUCCGCUUAGGUAUGAGUGAGGCUGGAUAAUUGAGCAGAAUUUCCAAAUGCCAAAUAAAGUGAAAAAUGAAAAUAUUGGCGUUACUCCUUUCCAUCACCUUGGCAUUCGGACAAGACACGGAAUACCAAUCUUUGGCCGCCUGUACGCGAGACCUGGUCGGAGAGUAUGGGGAAAGGGAUUCAAUUAAAGUCUUCCAGGAGGGGAAGAUCGAGGAAAGGAUCCCCUCCUACAUAGACGAGCUCUACUACACGAACAAAACCGAAGGCGAGGAGACGAAGCAAGCUUAUUCCGAGUUACAGAACGAACUUACCAUGAAUAAGGAGGCUAAAGCGGCCUGGGACAUUGUGGCAAGAGGAAAAGGGGAAAACAUGGAGGGAGUGAUGGACGCCGCUCACCGACUUGAUGUUCUACUGGGGGGAGAUGAGAGGGAACUAGUUUCCGCUCGGUUCUGGGGCUGGGUGAGAAAGUACUGGAAGAAAAUUGUUAAAGCUAUUAUUAUUAUUGUGCGAGCAAUAUUCAAAUCAUGGUUCAAGUAAUUGAUUCACUAAUUGUACAAAUUUGUGUUUGAAUAAAUUACUAACGGAGAAAUUGGAAAUGC